CUCACCCACUUGCACACUGUCAUGGCGGCGGCUAGCCGGAGCCGAGCGAUUCAGGAAGAGAUGGCGCUCUGAAACAGUAAAAAAAAACCAGAAAAAAAAGUCCGAGAAGAAUUUCGGGCUGACACGGAGCACUCGUAGAAGCCGCGGAAGGAUUUCUGUUCCCUUUUCGGUUUGCGGACUGCUUUUAUCUGACACAGGGAGAUCAUUAUCCUGUUCUGAAGAAGAGAACUCCAGCACUUGAUGGAAACUGACUUUUAAAUCUUCUCUUUAAAACGCUGAGUUUAUUCCUGCGCAUACGAGGUGCUGAUUUAAACCUGAGUCACCUUGAAGAGGAACAGGUGUCUCACCUGGUAUGGCGGAGGAGAAAGCGCCCCCUGGUGGAGGGGGCAUCGCACCUACCGUACCCAUCAGGGGCAUCCGCAUGAAGUUCGCCGUGCUGGAGGGACUCAUCGAGGCUGGAGAAGUCACAAACCGGGACAUUGUGGAGACGGUUUUCAAUCUGCUGGUCGGCGGUCAGUUUGACCUGGAGAUGAACUUCAUCAUCCAGGAGACCGAGAGCAUCACGUGUAUGGUGGACCUGUUGGAUAAGUGUGAGGUGACGUGUCAGGCCGAGGUGUGGAGCAUGUUCACGGCCGUGCUGAAGAAGAGCGUGAGGAACAUGCAGGCCUGCACCGACGUCUGCCUCAUCACACUCGUCCUGCAGAGGAUAGACAGAGCAGACAACAUGAUCGCAGACCUGCUGGUGGACAUGUUGGGCGUCCUGGCGAGUUACAGCAUCACAGUGAAGGAGCUGAAGCUCUAUUUCAGUAGACUACAGGGAGAGAAAGGACAAUGGCCUCCUCAUGCUGUGAAGCUGCUCUCUGUGUUAAAGUUCAUGGCUCAGCGCUCUGGACCUGACGCCUUCUUCACUUUUCCUGGAAAAAGUGCAGCCGCUAUAGCACUUCCGCCUAUCGCUAAGUGGCCGUACCAGAACGGCUUCACAUUCCACACCUGGCUACGGCUGGAUCCCAUUAACAACAUGAACGUAGAUAAAGACAAACCUUACCUUUACUGCUUUCGGACGAAUAAGGGUAUGGGUUAUUCAGCUCAUUUUGUUGGUGGAUGUCUGAUAGUUACUGCGUUAAAGGCCAAAGGGAAAGGAUUCCAGCACUGUGUCAAGUUCGACUUUAAACCCCAGAAGUGGUACAUGGUGACCAUCGUGCAUAUCUACCAUCGCUGGAAGAACAGUGAAAUUAGUUGCUAUGUGAACGGAGAGCUGGCGUCUUACGGAGAGAUCACGUGGUUCGUCAACACCAGUGAUACGUUUGAUAAAUGUUUUCUGGGCUCAGCGGAGACGGCGGAUGCUAACCGUGUGUUUUGCGGCCAGAUGGGGGCGGUGUAUCUUUUCAAUGAUGCCCUCAAUGCAGCACAGAUCUUUGCUAUCUAUCAGCUAGGCCCCUCCUACAAGGGUGUGUUUAAGUACAAAGCAGAAAGCGACCUGCUGUUUGCUGAUCAUCACAAAUCUCUGCUGUAUGACGGCAAACUGAGCAGCAGCAUCGGCUUCACCUACAACCCCCGAGCUACAGACGCCCAGCUGUGCCUCGAGUCAUCACCCAGGGACAACACGUCCAUCUUCAUACACUCUCCUCAUGCCCUGAUGCUGCAGGAUGUGAAGGCCGUGCUCACUCACUCGGUUCAGAGUGCUGUUCACUCCAUCGGAGGAGUGCAGGUUCUUUUCCCUCUCUUCACUCAGCUGGACUUUGUGCAGCCGAACAGCGAAGAACCUGACAUCUCUGUCUCCUGCACUCUGCUGUCCUUCCUGUUGGAGUUGUUAAAGUUGUCUGUAGCGAUGCAGGAGCAGAUGCUCACCUGUAAGGGCUUCCUCGUCAUUGGGUACUCUCUGGAGAAGUCUUCCAAAGUCCAUGUAACGAGGCCCGUGCUGGACAUCGUUUUGUCAUUUGCUCGGUAUCUGAGUAACCUGCCCAACGGCAUCUUACUGCUCAAACAGCUGUGUGAUCACAUCCUGUUCAACCCGGCCAUCUGGAUACACACACCAGCCAAGGUGCAGCAGGUCUUAUACACAUAUUUAGCCACGGAGUUCAUCAGCACAGUGACAAUCUACAAUGCUGUGCGCCGGGUGGGAACCGUGCUGCAGGUCAUGCACACGCUUAAAUACUAUUACUGGGUGGUGAAUCCACAGGACCGCAGCGGUGUGAUGCCUAAAGGCCUCGAUGGUCCGAGGCCCAGUAAGAAGGAGAUCCUCUCUCUCAGAGCGUUCCUGCUUCUCUUCAUUAAACAGCUCAUCAUGAAGGACUCGGGAGUGAAGGAGGACGAGCUGCAGAGCAUUUUAAACUACCUGCUCACUAUGCAUGAGGACGAUAACCUGAUGGACGUCCUGCAGCUGCUGGUGGCGUUGAUGUCUGAACACCCGAGUUCCAUGGUGCAGGCUUUCGAUCAGCGUAACGGCAUCCGAGUCAUUUACAAACUCCUGGCAUCUAAAGGUGAAGGUGUUCGAGUUCAGGCUCUGAAGGUCUUGGGUUAUUUCCUGCGUCAUUUACAGCCUAAGAGGAAGUCCGAGGUCAUGUUGAGUCACGGUUUGUUUUCACUCCUGACUGAACGCCUGCUUCUGCACUCCAGUCAGUUCUCCAUGACCACAUACAACGUCCUGUUCGAGAUUUUGACAGAGCAGAUCUGCACACAGGUGAUCCACAAGCAGCAUCCUGAACCCGACUCCACCGUCAAAAUACAAAACCCACAGAUCCUAAAGGUGAUUGCAGCUCUGCUGAAGAACAGCGUGUGUCCAGAAAGCAUGGAGAUUCGCAGAGUCUUUCUGUCCGACAUGAUCAAACUCUUUAACAGCAGCCGAGAAAACAGGAGGAGUCUCCUGCAGUGCUCAGUGUGGCAGGAGUGGAUGCUCUCUCUCUGCUUUAUAAAUCCGAGCGGCAGCGAGGAGCUGAAGAUCACAGAGAUGGUGUUCACCGUCUUCCGUAUCCUCCUUUAUCACGCCAUCAAGCACGAGUGGGGAGGCUGGCGCGUGUGGGUCGACACACUCUCCAUCACACACUCCAAGGUCACCUUCGAGCAGCACAAACAGAGCUUAUCCCAAGUUUUUCACGAGUACCAGCGGAUGAGUUCUGACGGUGACGCCGAGAUCAGGACCGUUUCCGGGUCCAGCAGGAACAGCGAACUUCUUGCACGUCCAGCUGAAGCUCUGGUAGAACCUCCAUCUACUGUUAUUGAGCUAAAGGUGGAGGAACAAAUCUGUGGAGAACAAAAUGAACAUGAGCAGAGAGCUCAGGUCACCAUCUCAAACAUCUUAGCCAGAGCUGAAGAAGAAGGCACCAAGGAAGAGGAAGAAAUGAAGACAAUGAAGAACGAGGAGAAUGACCAGGAGGCGGCGGAAGGAAAGGAUACAGUAAAAGAUGCUAAAGGGGCCGAUGAAGACAAGAGCGAUGCAGGUGAUCAUAUCAACAAAGAAGCAAACAGCCAGAAGUUAGAAACUGAUCAACAAGACAAUGCAGAGAAAACCUCAGAAAAAGAUAAGGAUCAAGUCGGAACUGCAGACGAAACAGAAACAAGAGCUGACCCGGGUGAAGGAGGACAAGAAUCGGAAGGAGGGGAGGCUCAGAAGAAGGCUGUAGUUGAGCUUCAUUCUGAGACUUUAGUCCAUGGAGAUGGUGAAGACAAAGAUCAGGAAGAGGAGAAAAGUUCUGAGAGGACAGAAGUGAGUCCCAGUGCGGAGUUGGGUCCAGACAUGGAGGUGAGCCCCAGCACAGAGGUGGUCUUAAGUACAGAGAAAGGUCCUGGUGUCCAGGGAAGUCCCAGUGAGGAGACGAGCUCCAGUGCAGAGAAGGGUCCAGGUUUGCAAGAGGGCCCCAGUGAGGAGAAAAGCCCCAGCUUUCAGGAAAUACCCAUUGUCCAGGAGAGUCCUGUGGAGGUUUGCACCAGCAAGGAGGACGAACCAAUGACUCAAAAGGGCCCCAGUGCAGAGACAAGCCCCAGUACGGAGGAGGGCUCGAGUACUGAAGGGGUCCCCAGUUCAACAGCAAGCCCCAGUACACAGGAGGGACCUAGUGUCCCGGAGAGCCCGGGUGUGGAGACGGACCUCAAACACAAAGGUGUUAAAAUCGCCAGACUGGACGUCUCCAGCGUGGCAGUGGACACGGAACGACUGGAGCUGAAGGAAAACUCAGCUGCUGAUGAAGGCCAAACCCAAGUGACCGCCGGCACCUCUGCGCAGAACCGAGACGGUUCCUCGUCCUCCCCUCGAUCCAGCAUGUUCCGUAUACCAGAAUUCAAGUGGUCUCACAUGCACCAGCGCCUGCUGACCGACCUGCUGUUCUCCAUCGAGACAGAUGUGCAGAUGUGGAGAAGCCACUCCACAAAGACAGUGAUGGACUUUGCGAACAGCAGCGAGAACGUGGUGUUUGUGCACAACACGGUACAUCUGAUCUCUCAAGUGGUGGACAAUCUGAUCAUGGCGUCUGGAGGAAUCCUUCCUCUGCUCUCUGCAGCAACUUCAUCCACGCACGAGUUGGAGGUGAUAGACGCGUCUCAGGGUCUGGAAGUGGAAACGUCUCUGUCCUUCCUGCAGCGUCUCAUCUCUCUGGUGGACGUCCUCAUCCUGUCCAGCUCUCUGAACUUCACCGAGGUUGAGGCGGAGAAGAACAUGACAUCCGGAGGAGUGCUGAGACAAUGCCUGCGCCUCGUGUGCACUAUGGCUGUGAGGUGUUGCUUGGAGUGUCAGCAUCAGUCUCUCUAUAAAUCUGGAAUGGAGAAAACACAGCAAGGCCUUCUGGGAAAUGCCAAGUAUAUUCCAGGACAGAGUCCCGUCGACGUGCUAACAGGAGGGUUCGCUCCAGACCGAGAUGUGGAACGUAUGCUUCAGGACAUGGACAUCAACCGUCUCCGAGCCAUCGUGUUCAGAGAUAUUGAGGACAGUAAGCAGGCUCAGUUUUUGGCUCUGGCUGUUGUUUACUUCAUCUCCGUUCUCAUGGUGUCCAAAUACCGAGACAUUCUGGAGCCUCACAACGACAGGAGAGUCAGCACACGCUCUGCUCGGAGCACAGAGAGCGUCAGUUCUGACCACGAAAACCCCUCCCCCCUCCAACGGCGUGACUCCGCCCCUGCAAACGAACGCUCACCUGUUCCCCUGAGCGAGACCGAAUCCCGCUCGGCCCCUGACGCCAUCUCCGAAGCCCUGUCCACGUUGUCGUCUGAGGUCAGAGGUCACGAGAACACGGACAAGGAUAAAAAGGGAAAGAGCGUAAAGGUGAAGGAUAUUCUGCGGAGCCUGGUAAGCUCCGCCCCUGCUGAUGAUGUCAUUGUGGACGCGAGUCUUUUCCCACCAACGUUUUUGGGGAAACAAGAACUCCACUCCCAGUUCAGCUCCUUUGACAGGAGUGUCGUUGUAGGAUCUGUGAAAGUGGGCGGAGCUCCAGCAGCAGGCCCCUCCCACUCACCUUCCUCCACCCACGUCCCACAACCCACAACUCCAUCCGCAGGUGGAACUCCAGUUGUCAGCGUUUCUGUGGUUUCCGCAGGUGACUCCACCCCGAGCGGUGCUGCGGAGUCAGGAGGAGCAGCAGCCACUUCGAACCUGCCACCUGUUCCCCUCUCACCCACUACCACCCUGAGUAUCUCUGAGCGACUAGAACAUGCUCUGGAGAAAGCUGCUCCGUUACUGAGGGAGAUUUUUGUGGACUUUGCCCCGUUCCUGUCCCGAACUUUACUAGGGAGCCACGGACAGGAGCUUCUCAUCGAGGGAACGAGUCUGGUGUGUAUGAAGUCCAGUAGCUCUGUAGUGGAGCUCGUCAUGCUGCUGUGCUCUCAGGAAUGGCAGAACUCUAUCCAGAAGAAUGCAGGUUUAGCCUUCAUCGAGCUUGUUAAUGAGGGAAGGUUGCUGAGCCACACAAUGAAGGAUCACCUCGUUCGUGUUGCAAACGAAGCCGAGUUCAUUCUAAGUAGACAGAAAGCUGAGGACAUACACAAACAUGCUGAUUUUGAGUCUCACUGUGCUCAGUAUGCGGCAGAUAAGCGUGAAGAAGAGAAGAUGUGUGAUCACCUGAUCCGCGCCGCCAAAUACCGUGAUCAUGUGACUGCAACACAACUGAUCCAGAAGAUCAUCAACAUCCUGACUGACAAACAUGGAGCCUGGGGAAGCUCCGCCCUCAGUAAGCAGUGUUUUUGGCGUCUGGAUUUUUGGGAGGAUGACCUGAGGAGACGACGUCGCAUGAUCAGGAAUACUUUUGGAUCGUCACACUCAGAGGCCACACUGAAAUCUGCAGCUGAGCAUGCUCCGGAGGACGACGACGACGUGCUGAAGGGACAACAGCUCGGGAAAGACAGGACGAGGACGCAGAGCUCCGAGAGUCUAACGGAGGGAGAUGACGAGACCAUCUCAUCUCUGGAGGAAAAGGAGCUGGACAGUCUCACAGGCACAGUGUCUCUCAGCACAGUAGCUGAACUGGUCUCUCCUGCACUCGUCAUGAAAGGAACUCUGUCCAUCACGGCUCAUGAGCUUUACUUUGAGGUGGACGAAGACGAGGCGAGCUUCAAAAGCAUCGACCCCAAGUGUCUAAAGUACUUAGAUGGNNNCCACGGGAAGUGGACGUUCUCUGAGAUGCGAGCGAUCUUCUCUCGCCGGUACCUCCUGCAGAACACGGCGCUGGAGAUCUUUAUGGCCAAUCGGACCUCGGUGAUGUUUAACUUUUCUGAUGCUGCUACAGUAAAGAAAGUGGUUCACGUGCUGCCUAGAGUCGGAGUCGGCACUAACUUCGGCCUUCCUCAGACCAGGCGGAUUUCUCUCGCGACUCCUAAACAGCUGUUUAAAGCCUCUAACAUGACUCAGCGCUGGCAGAAACGAGAAAUCUCCAACUUCGAGUACCUCAUGUUCCUCAACACCAUCGCAGGACGCACGUACAACGACCUGAACCAGUAUCCUGUGUUUCCCUGGAUCAUAAGUAACUACGACAGCGAAGAGCUUGACCUCACACUGCCCAGCAACUACAGAGACCUGAGCAAGCCAAUCGGAGCCCUGAACCCAAAGAGAGCUGCUUUCUUCUCCGAACGCUAUGAAUCCUGGGAGGAUGACCAGGUCCCCAAAUUCCACUACGGCACACACUAUUCCACGGCCAGCUUCACCAUGAUGUGGCUGCUGAGAAUCGAGCCCUUCACUACAUUCUUCCUCAACUUCCAAGGAGGGAAGUUUGAUCAUGCAGACCGAACCUUCUCCUCCCUCGCCAGAGCCUGGAGGAACUGUCAGAGAGACACGUCUGAUGUGAAGGAGCUGAUCCCAGAGUUCUUCUACCUGCCAGAGAUGUUCAUUAACGCUAACAACUAUAAUCUGGGAGUGAUGGAUGAUGGGACGGUGGUGUCUGAUGCUGAGCUGCCGCCGUGGGCAAAGAGUCCAGAGGACUUUGUUCGCAUCAACCGCAUGGCACUGGAGAGUGAGUUUGUGUCAUGUCAGCUUCAUCAGUGGGUGGAUCUGAUCUUUGGCUAUAAGCAGCGUGGACCUGAAGCAGUGCGUGCCCUCAACGUUUACUACUACCUUACCUACGAGGGGGCGGUGAACCUCAGCUCCAUCACUGACCCACUGCUGAGAGAGAAAUAA